AUGUCUCCAUCCUUGACUGCUCUCUUCUGUCUCGGGCUGUGUCUGGGGCGGCGGGUGACCGCAGCGCAGAGCGGCCUACUCCCCAAGCCCUCCCUCCGGGCUCUGCCCAGCUCCCUAGUGCCCCUGGAGAGGCCGGUGACCAUCUGGUGCCAGGGGCCUCCGGGCGUGGACCUGUACCGCCUGGAGAAACUGGGAUCCAAGAAGUACGAGGACCAGAACUUCCUCUCCAUCUCGGCCAUGAAAACGAGUCACGCGGGGCGCUACCGCUGCUCCUACCAGAACGGGUCCCAGUGGUCGCUCCCCAGUGACCAUCUGGAGCUGGUCGCCACUGGGGUCUUCGACAAGCCCUYGCUCACUGCGCAUCCCAGCCCCGUGGUGCCCCCAGGGGGGGAUGUGACCUUGAAGUGUCAGAGCCAAUAUGGCUUUGACCAGUUUGCUCUGUAUAAGGAGGGGGACGCUGGGUUCUACAAGAGACUCGAGAAGCUGUACCUUGCAGAUUUCCCCAUGGUCCCCGUGACCACUGCUCACAGCGGGACCUACCGGUGCUACAGCUUUUCCAACGUCUCCCCGUACCUGUGGUCAAGCCCCAGCAACCCCAUGGUGCUCACAGUCACAGGCCCCUCCGUGACCCCCAGCCAGCCACCCACAGAGGCAGCCUCCUCCGCGACAGCGUCCCCCGAAGCCUCCAGGAGACUGAUCACCUCACCCAGGAACAGAGCCUCGACCACGACCACCGGUCUCGCCCGCCAGGACCACACCCAGGGGAACCUGGUCCGGAUCUGCCUCGGGGCCGUGGUCCUCAUUCUGCUGCUGGGUGUGGUGGCCGAGGACUGGCACAGUCAGAGGAGAGCCCAGCGGCCCAGGGUCAAGCCCGUGCAGAGGCCCCUCCCGCCCCUCCCACAGACGCAGCACCUCCGCCAGAACCCUGGUGUGGCCGAGUCCAAGAGCCAGAGGGUGUGA